UUGCCCACGCCCUCGCUGCGUCUCUCAGCAUUAUAAUACCGCCGACAACACCGACAUCCGUUUGACGUAAUCCCGGGCGAACCGCGCGUUUAGGCCUAGUCUCCAAGCGGGCAAGGCUCACCCGAGGGACAGCGCAGUGAGUCGUCGUAGGAACACAGCAUCGCAUCAGCUCCGCGACACUCCCGGCCAGCUCCAAGGGCAGAUCUUCUAUGUGAAAGGCGCUGCAUCGCCUCUCCGCGGCCGCCGCGCGUCUCCCCACCCCCCGCCAUGGAGCUCCAGCGCAAAGAAUACCCGGGCCUGCUGGAUGCGCUGCCGCCGCAGCAGGCCGUCGACGUCCUCAAUGGGCGCAUGAAGCAUGUCAGCGCGCUCAAUGCCCACAUUGCCGACUGGCUGCAGGAACGCCGCCGCGUAGAGGAAGCCUACGUGCAAGGCUUACGGAAGCUCGCGAACAAGCGCCCGCCAGACGACUCGUCCGAUCUGGGCGUCUUUUCGACGCCAUGGCAGAAGAUCGUGAGCGCAACCGAGGCUGUCGCCGAGUCGCACCACACCCUCGCCCAGAAGAUUGAGGUCGACGUCGAGCGCCCACUGCGAGAAUUCGCCACGACCAAUCGCGAGGUGCAGGGCAUGUCGACCAUAUCCGGCAACCUAGCGUCCAUGGCCCGCGAGAUCGACACGGCCAAGAAGAAGGCAGAGAAGCUCAGGGAGAAGGGCGCAAAAGCGAAGGCAUCUGCUGUGGCGAGCGCCGUUGCUGACGUCGAGAAUGCGACCCUGCAAUGGGAAUCGCAGGCUCCCUACGUGUUCGAGAAACUGCAGGCUGUGGACGAAAGCAGGCUCAACCACCUGCGCGACGCUCUUACGCAAUUCCAGACACACGAGGUUGACCAGGUAGAGCGCAACCGCAUCAGCGCGGAGGAAACCUUGAAUGUGCUGCUUAAUAUCGAGACCGCCGACGAGAUCCAGACAUGGGCAUUGAGGAUGCGCAGUGGAGAGAAACCACCGCCAGCCAACCGCAAGGGCAGCAGCGUAGGCACGCCAUCAAGGAGUUUGGCCCCUCCUCCACCUAUGCCCCCGCCCCCCAUGAUACAAGCGGACGACGACCGUAGUCAGAAAAGCGGGUCUGUACCAGAAGAAAAAGGGAAACAUAGUUCGAACCCAUUGAAGCGUUUUGGAACUGUUUUGAACCGCCGUCGACAGAGCAUGCAUCCUUAUGGUCGUCAAUCGUCGCCGGAAAGAAAGUCAAACUCCAACUUGGGUUCUGGUUUCCCCGGAUUUGGCAAAAUCAAAUCGAAAGAUCGCGACACAGCUAGCUCCUCUAUAGAUCGUCCUGGAUCGUCUGCGACAGGCGCGACUCCGCGCCCCUCAGACGCAUCGGCCUCACCCAAGCAUACCCGCAAGUCUAGUGCCGACCCAGACCGUCCCAAUGGGGCAAGCCCUGAACCUUUCGAGGAACGGGCCGCUAGCCCUACGCCAGCCCCGGCAGCUGUUAACGGUACCACCCACGAUACGAUACCCGAACUGAUUGAGCCACUGGCACCUCCCCAUCAUGAGGAGCCGAGAGCUGAGCCCGAAAAGGAUGAUGAAGGGUUUUCCAAACCGUUGUCUGCCAUCGAUGCGAUCACGCAAGCUGAGAACGAAGCAAGAGAAGCAGGAUUGAGUGGUAAUGAGUUGGGCAAUCCGCCGCCGCAGUUCAAACUUGACAUCAAGAACGCGCCGAUCCAAGAAGAAGAAGGCGAUGUCAACGCUGCCAUGGCUGAUAUGGCUAACACCCUACGAGCGCAAGCUGUACCACCCAGACGCUCAGGAACCCUGCGGGGACGACGCGACGUCCGUAAUACGAUCUUUGUACCUAAUCCCGCAACACCUGAACUCACAAGCAUCGGGGAAAUGCCCCCGGUUCCAUCAGCGAGCUCCGAAAACACGACCUUCCCACCUCCUGCAGUUCCACCUCAGCCAGCAUCUCCUGUCUUCAAGCUUCCACACCGUAGCCUGGCAACGGAUGAUCAUCCCGCGUCAGACACGCAGUCCAUUCGCUCCGGACGAUCUUUGAGUAGUUCGACAAGUACGACGAUGAAGCACCCAGACAUGCACGAGCCCGGUUUGAAUGCAUCUUUAGUAGAGACUGUCAGCGCGUGGUUCGAACAAGGGCACGUCACCAAAUCGUUGGUCAUUGGACAGGUCGCGCUCGCUUUCAAUCCUGUCGAUAUUUCAUCUGGACCCUUUGGGACAGAAAACAUCCGGUUGGAGAACUUCCCCGUCUUGGAGAAGGUCGCGCCCAAUCCUGCGUUCGUGGAGCAGGUGACGGACACGCCUGGAGAGUACACCGUGGAUCUCUCCAGAAUCACAAAGACCUCGGUAGCAUUUCACUACCAGGUACACCUCGAGACUGAGAACCUUGCCUCGUUCGCUCCGAUACUACUAUCCCCCGUGUGGAAGUCGGAGCCUACGCAGACUUCGGUCCUUCUUAACUACGGGCUCAACCCCAAGUUCAACAUCGGCGACCAGACGAGCAUCACACUGCAAAAUGUGGUGUUGGUACUCAGGCUCGAGCCUGGCUCAAAGGCUACAUCCUGCCAGUCGAAGCCGGCAGGUACGUUUUCCCGCGAAAAGGGCCUGAUCUACUGGCGUCUAGGCGAGGUCACCUUCUCCCGCGACCAGCCGGCGCAGACGAUGCGCGUGCGGUUCUUCACCGACGGCGAGGCGAAGCCCGGGAACAGUGAGGCGCGCUGGGAACUUACCGGCGCACACUCGCUCGCAUUCGGCAGCGGGCUUGCAGUCAGCCAGGUCGCCGCUGCGGCGGGCGAGAGCAAGACGGAGGAGAAGGAGGCGGAUCCGUUCGCCGAUGCGGAGGAGAAUGUGCCGCCGGCCGGCGGGGCUGCGCCGAGCUGGAAGCCGGUUACCUGUGUAAAGCGCAUCUCAAGCGGCACGUAUCUUGGUGUGUGAGAUUUGGAUAGGAUGAGGUGGUGGGUACAAGGUGGAUGUUGACGGUAGGCAGUGGGGCGAUGGGGACGGAACAACGUACUAUGGAGGACGGGAGGUUGGGCUGCACGGGUAGCGGAUUUUAGAUGGCAGUGUCGUGUCGCUGUUGUUGUUGGUGGGUUUUGUGAGAUAAGUAGA